AUGCUUAACAAGGAUACAAGUGAAAAUGAAAAUAAGAGUAUGACUGCAUCGAAAAAGAAUGAAGCCCACGGCACUGAAGAUUUGCAUGCGGAAGAACCACAGAAGAACAGCAAAGAACGCAACUCCGAGAAAGCUUCUGGAAAAGCGUUAUCCAUUGACUUAGACAUGAAAGACUCGAAAAAAGAUGGAGGAGGUUUCCUGUCGUCUUUUGCUGCUUUGUAUGCGUUUUCGGACCAAACUGAUAUUAAGCUUAUGGCAGUUGGUUUUACUUGUGCUCUGCUUCAAGCUGGUAUUCCUCCUUUCGUUUGGCUCGUUAUGGGCAACUUCGUUUCAUUUUCUAUAGAACGCGAGGAACAAUUACGACUUGACGGUUCUUCUGCAUUGAAUAACUCAGUUAUUGAUGAGGAUUUCUCUUCUUCAACAACACCUGCUUGUAUCGCUAUGGUAUCAUUAUCCAUAACCAUGUUCAUCGCCGCUUUUAUACAGAGAUUAGCAUGGGAAGUUUCCGGGAUUCGACAAGUGUUCCGAAUAAGGCGGAUAUACAUCCGGAAGAUGCUUCAUAUGGAUGUGUCAUGGCUGGAAUGCCGACAAAGCGGGCAGAUGGCAACAAUGCUUCAGGAAUAUACAGACUCUAUAUACAAUGGUAUAUCUGACAACAUCCCAAUGGUACUCUUCAUUUCAACGUACUUAUUCGUUAACAUAGCUGUAUGUAUAUAUAUUCAAUGGGAUGUAACACUUUUUAUGUGUUCCGCGAUUCCGUUGCUGAUUGCAAGUCGAAUACUAUUUAGUAAGUGGUUUUCAAGAACUGUCGAUCAAGAAGUGGAUUUACAAAAUAAAAUCAGUAAUUUGGUGAAUGAAACGUUCAGUUGUAUUCGAACCGUGAUCAGUUUUGCUGCUCAAAAACAAACAAUUAAUAAGUUUGAACGACUGUCUAAAGAAUGUGAUAAAUUAGUAGAGACACGCUUGCGUUCUUCAACUGUUUAUGACAGUUUAACGCAGAUUUUGCUAACUGAACUAAUUUUUACUGCUGCUUUAUGCUACGGAAUAUGGAGAGUUGCCGAUCAUUCGCCUGGAAGAUUAGCAGCGCUCGCUAUCAACAUGCUGUACAUGUGUGUCACGUCGAUUUCCAUCGAAGAAAACCCCAAAAUCGAAACAGGUUACGGAUCUGCUUCGAAAGGAGGGGAACAUCUACCAGUUCCGAAGAGGCGUGAGGAAAGCACCGACGUCGCGGGAAAAGGAGCUCUUCAUUUUCGUGAUAUUCAUUUCAGUUAUCCAAGCAGACCAGAUGUAAAGGUUCUCAAUGGACUAACAUUUCAAGUCAAAGCUGGAGAGAAAAUUGCACUAGUAGGAUCGAGUGGUUCGGGUAAAAGCACCAUAACAGCACUUCUUUUGCGAUUCUACGAUCCUGAUAGUGGAGCGAUCUUUAUUGAUGAUAAAAACCUGAAGCAGCUUUGUCCGGAAGAUCUUCGUGGAAUGUGCUCUCUUGUUUCACAAGAACCUGUCCUAUUCGAUGGUACCAUCGGUGACAAUAUACGAUACGGUAGACUAGAUGCAACUCAGGAAGAAAUCAAUGAAGCUGCGCGAAAAGUAGGAGCAUGGCAGUUCAUCAACUCAUUACCUCAAGGGAUGCAGACCAGAGUCGGUGACAGAGGAUUGCAACUAUCUGGUGGUCAGAAACAGCGCAUUGCCAUCGCACGGGCGGUAAUCAGGAAGCCGGUCGUCAUGGUGUUUGAUGAAGCAACAUCAGCUCUGGAUCAUAUACACGAAGAAGAGGUUCAGAACGCUAUUGAUCUCGCAUCUGAAGGAAUUACCACGAUAACUAUAGCGCACAGAAUGUCUGCCAUAAGAAAAUGUGACCGUAUCAUUGUUCUGGAAGAAGGGCAGGUUGUUGAGGAAGGACCAGCGAAAGAGCUUUUACUGAAAGAAGAUGGAACAUUUCAGAAGCUAUAUAAUCAUCAGCGCAUGGAUUCUCUGCUCAGCGUCCCUACCUUCACUCCAUCAGUUGGGACACACUACAGAUCGGAAAUGGAUUUUGGUGAUAGUCAGAUCAACAGAAAAACCAGCACAUCCUAUCAUCCCUUAGGUGAGGCAGCCAACACGGAAAAACUUGCUCUAACUGUAAUGACUAGAAAACUAUCUAUGCGUGCGGAUUACAUGUACUCGCAUGUUGGAGCGAAUAUUGAAAUGGAUGUGAUGGAGGACUUGAAAGAAGAGGAUCACCAUCUAGCGCUGCCUGGAAAGGUCGACAACCACGGUGCUAUUUAUGAACUUAUCUCUGGAUAUCGUGAAGGAUAUUCUCUUCUGGGUGGUGCAAUUCCAACAACAGUUUUGAGAGCCUUGUUCUAUCUCCUCAUUUGUUUUGAGGUUGCAUCUGUACUCGAGGUGUCGAUAGUAGCGGCGGAGGACCGAACGGAUAGGAUUUUUGCUGUAGCAGCUGUGUACACAUCACUAAUUAUUAUCAAAACAAUUUUUGAAGCGCUUGGAAGACUCUUCAUAGCACUUUUUGGUCAGGGAUUUUGCUCAUACAUGAGACUAAGGAUGUUUAGAAUGAUAAUGCGAAAAGGCUGCGCUUUUUUCGAUGAAGAGCGAAACAGUCCAGGUCGACUAUUACACAAAAUUAUAAAUACUACGUCAGCUUUGAACAAAAUCAUGGAAGCCAAACUAGACAUACUAAUUCCGGCUAUUAUUUGUCCAGUGUUCUCCUUCAUUGUUGCCAUGUAUAUAAAUUGGAAAAUGGCACUUUUGUGUUCAUUUCAAUUUCCCGCCUAUUUCAUUAUUCGAAUUGUGCAAAUCAGGGAAGGAACAAAAAGGCAGAGGGAAAUGACCAACGAAGAGCACAAAACAGCACAUUUAGCAAGUCUUGUUCUCUCGAAUAUGGCUACGAUCAAAGCGUAUAAUCUGCAGGAGCAUUUUUAUUCUACAUUUAAUGAAACACUUAAUCCACUCAUUUUGGCAAUGGAGCGUCAAUCUAUGAUUUCUUCUCUUGUAUUCGCCAGUCAAUUCUCGUUUACAUACAUUCUCAUUGCUAUAACGUUGUACCUAGGGAAGGUUAUGAUGCUUAACAACGAAAUUUCUGUGUUUGACUACAUGAGGGUUGUUCUUCUGACACAAUUCGGAGCAAAUUUCUUCUCUCAGUUGGUCGCGUCUGUUUCGGAUUUUUCUAAGGCCCGAAUUGCUGCUGAGACCGUGGUCGAUGUUAUGACAGAAACAUCCUCUGAUAUCGACAACCUCACUGAGACAGGACAGCGACCUAAACUAGAGGGAACUAUCACUCUUAAUAAUGUGUCGUUCCGAUAUCCAACUCGCCCGGUGGUUCCCAUACUUAACCGAUUGAAUAUUCAGAUAGAAAAGGGUCAGUCCGUUGCAAUAGUAGGUCCAUCAGGAUCAGGGAAAAGCUCAAUAUUUGCGCUGAUCCAGCGAAUGUACAAUGUAACAGAUGGCGAAAUACUCUUAGACCAGAACAAUGUGAAUACAAUCAAUCCAGCUUAUCUACGGCGCUUGGUUGUGGGUGUUGAACAGGAGCCUACUUUAUUUUCAUUCACAAUAAAGGAAAAUAUAGUAUUUGGUAUGACGGAAAGUAAACCAAGUAUGGAAAGAAUAAUCGAAGCAACAAAACUCGCCAAAAUCCAUGAUUUUAUCUCGAAACUUCCGCAGGGUUACGAUACUGAAGUUGGUGAAUUUGGUGCGCAACUAUCUGGUGGACAGAAACAACGUAUCGCCAUCGCUAGAGCUUUAGUGAGAGAACCUGCUAUUCUUCUUCUGGAUGAGGCAACAGCAGCUUUGGAUAGCACAAGUGAAAAGGCUCUUCAAGAAGCUUUCGAGAAAGCUAGAAAAAAUUGCACGUGUAUUCAAAUUGCUCACCGUUUAUCUACGAUUCGAAACGUGGACAAAAUCUUCGUUCUACAACACGGUGUCGUUACCGAAGAAGGCACUCAUGAUGAAUUAAUCCAAAAACGAGGGACUUAUUACCAAAUGGUCCAAUCUGCCUUGUGA